AUGCCCUCCCGAAAAUGGACAAACUCACUCCCCCUCCGCCCCCUCCCCUCCGUCGCCCUCGCCAGAUUCACCACCGACAUCUACAACCCCCUCCGCUCCUACCACGACCCGUUCCCCGCCGACGAGCCGCGUCUCAGCGUAACCCUAUCCCGCCAAAACGUCAACGAACUCGUGCACACCACCAAGACAACCAGCAGCGAUAUCCGUCUCACCGAGCUGCUCUCCCUAUUCCGCGGACGGAAGCGAAGCGAUAUCGCGCGUGUCGAGGCGACGCUGGCGACGCAGUACGAGCUUGCGCAGUGGAAGGCUGUGUUUUGCGAUGCGUGUGGUUGGAAGCGGCGAUUGAGGAUGGGGAGGAUGUUUUUUUUUAUUUUUUUUACCGUGGGGUACCGGACGUUUGUGGAUGCUGUUUUGGAACGGGGCGAGCAGUCAGAAAGGGGGCUGGGGGUGAAUUUCAGUGUCCCUGUGUCUUCUGUCGUCGAAGCGAAUGUAAUGGUGCCGGGGAUGGUGUCGUUGGCUGGCACGCUGGAUCCUGGCGUAGGCGGGUCGGUGCAGAAGGCGGAGGAGAGAAGUGCAGACGUUUGA